AUGCUGUCAGAAGUUGUCGCGAGCUCCCUCGUGGAACUUGCCAAACGAGAGGAAGAAGACCCCGCCGGCUCCGACCCGCCCCACCAGGAGAAAUACUCAUCAUGGGCCAUAUUUAUUCUGCUGUCGCUACUCAUUGUGUCGUUCUGCACGAGCUACACUCUACAACAGAGAAAGAUCACAGCUAUUCAUGAAACUGUCGUAUCCAUCUUCGGCGGUACGAACGAUUCUCCUCCAUCAUCCCCGACGAACCUCACCCUAACCAACAUAUUUCUAGGCAUGACCAUCGGUCUCAUCCUCCGCGUAUCUGGCUUCGAUUCCGUCAGAGACUUGGUCAACUUUAACUACCAAUACUUCUUCAACCUUCUCCUUCCCCCGAUUAUUCUCUCGUCCGGCUACGAACUCCACCAAGCCAACUUUUUCCGAAAUAUAGGAACAAUCUUGAGUUUUGCUUUUGCGGGAACGCUCAUCUCGGCCGUUGUGAUUGGCGUCUUGCUCUUCUUUUACACUGCAAUCUCUCCCGAGGGGCUGGAUGUGUCGUGGACCGAUGCCAUCGCCGUCGGCGCAACGCUUUCUGCCACAGAUCCGGUCACUAUCUUGGCAAUCUUCAACUCGUACAAGGUUGACCCGAAGCUGUACACCAUCAUCUUCGGCGAGUCUAUUCUGAACGAUGCAGUGGCCAUUGUUAUUUUCGAGGCUUCCCAGGCCAAGCAUUCUUCCGGGUCAGGGGGUAUUGGCAUCUUCAGCAUCCUGCAUGGAAUCUGGUACUUCUUGAAAGAGUUCUUUGGCAGUUUGGCGAUUGGCUGCAUUGUGGGCGUAAUGACUGCUCUCGCCUUGAAGUACACCUAUGUCAGACGGUAUCCAGCCAUCGAGAGUUGCUUGGUUGUGCUCAUUGCUUAUGCCAGCUACUUUUUCUCUCAAGCUAUUGAGAUGUCUGGAAUUGUAUCGCUUCUCUUCUGCGGCAUCACGCUCAAGCACUACGCUUACUUCAACAUGUCCCGCCGAACGCAGCUGACGACCAAGUACCUGUUCCAAGUUCUCGCUCACCUGUCUGAAAACUUCAUCUUUAUCUACCUAGGUCUGGCCCUCUUCACGGAGAAGAACCUCGUCUUUCAGCCCCUGUUGAUCAUUGUCACGGUUGUUUCCGUCUGUGCGGCAAGAUGGCUCGCUGUCUUCCCGCUUUCUCGAGCGAUCAACUGGUUCCGCCGAUAUAGAGCCUCCCGACGUGGUGGCGAAGCCGAUGAGUUGCCCUACAGCUACCAAGCCAUGCUCUUCUGGGCCGGUCUUCGUGGAGCCGUCGGCGUCGCUCUCUCAGCCCGCUUUACCGCGAAGGAAACCCAAGCUCUGCAAGCGACCGUCCUUGUUGUAGUGGUGCUGACCGUCAUCAUCUUUGGCGGCACUACAGCCCGCAUGCUCGAGAUAUUAGGAAUCCGCACUGGGGUAACAGAGGAUGCGGAUUCCGAUGACGAGUUUGAUAUCGAGGCUAUUGGAGGCGGACUUUACAAACGACCGGACAAUAGUGGGAUAGGAUACACUCCCAGAAGUCGGAGCCGCGGGUCGGCCGUUGCAUUGGAUAACGUUGGCGGUAAUAACAGCAACGGUGCGAGCUGGACAUCAGGAAACAGGAGGAAACCCAGCCAUGGGAGAAAGGGACACAACUCCAAGGACAGCAACGACUUUGAGAGGUCAGAGUUGUUGGGUGUCAACAAUGGCGGGAACAGUAACACUGACUCUGAGUUUGGGAGCGACAUUGACAUCUCAGACUUGCCACCACCGGCGCCGAGGAGGAGGUCGAGCCCUAUGCCAGGAGGGGAUAUCCCACCAGCUUCGACUGCGGCCACAACCCUUGGCUCUGGCCAGAACAGUGAGAGUGGGAAUCAUUCCACGCCACUAACAGCGUCUGCUGCGAUUAGACAACUCUUCAGAACAGACGACCCAUCUGCCCUGUUUAGACAGUUGGACGAAGACUACAUCAAGCCAACGCUGUUGCUAGAUGGGAGUCAUGGUAGAGGAGGCAGUGGUGGUGGAGGCUCGCAUUAG